AUCAGUUUCCUUUGAGCAUCGGUUGAUGUUUGCCUAGUCCUCCCUUAAAGAAAAAAUCAUACAUAGUUUUGUUUGAGUUGCAAAGAUGUUUUCGGGUAUGUCUGGUCUGAUCAACAAGGGGCACAAGAUAAAGGGGACAGUAGUGUUGAUGCGAAAGAAUGUGUUGGACGUGAACAGCGUAACCAGUGUUGGAGGCAUUGUUGGUCAAGGUCUCGACCUUCUUGGUUCCACAGUCGAUAAUCUGACUGCCUUCUUGGGUCGAUCAGUUUCUCUCCAACUCAUCAGUGCCACCAAACCAGAUGCCAACGGAAAGGGGAAGCUUGGAAAGGCUACCUUUUUGGAAGGUAUCAUCACUUCACUGCCAACUUUGGGAGCAGGCCAAUCUGCAUUCAAAAUUCAUUUUGAAUGGGACGAUGAGAUGGGAAUUCCUGGAGCAUUUUACAUCAAGAAUUUCAUGCAAACCGAGUUCUUCCUUGUCAGUUUGACUCUUGAAGACGUUCCAAACCAUGGAAGCCUCCACUUUCUUUGCAAUUCCUGGAUAUACAAUGCCAAACACUUCAAAAACGAUCGCAUCUUCUUUGUCAAUCAGACAUAUCUUCCAAGCGAAACACCGGCUCCACUGGUGAAGUAUAGAGAAGAAGAGUUAGUUAAUUUGAGAGGAGAUGGAACGGGAGAACGUAGAGAGUGGGACAGGGUCUAUGACUAUGAUGUCUACAAUGAUUUAGGUGAUCCAGAUAAGGGUGAAAAUCAUGCGCGUCCUAUUCUUGGAGGGUCUGACACCUUGCCUUAUCCUCGUAGGGGGAGGACUGGUAGAAGACCAACUAGGAAAGAUCCAAAAAGUGAGAGUAGGAGCUCUGAUAUUUAUCUUCCAAGAGAUGAAGCGUUUGGACACUUGAAGUCAUCAGACUUUCUGACUUAUGGGCUGAAAUCCGUAUCUCAAAAUUUUCUUCCAGCAUUGGAAUCUGCUUUUGAUUUGAAUUUCACGCCCAGUGAGUUUGAUAGCUUUGAUGAUGUUCAUGGACUCUAUUCAGGUGGAAUUAAGCUGCCAACAGAUUUAAUUAGAGACAUAAGUCCAUUUCCCGUGCUCAAGGAAUUCUUAAGGACUGAUGGUGAACAGGUCCUUAAGUUUCCUCCUCCUAAAGUGAUUCAAGUGAGUAGGUCUGCAUGGAUGACCGAUGAAGAAUUUGCAAGAGAAAUGCUUGCUGGUGUAAAUCCAAACAUGAUUCGUCUUCUUCAGGAUUUCCCUCCACGAAGCAAGCUAGAUAGCCAAGUCUACAAUGAUCAUACCAGUCAAAUUACCAAAGAACACCUGGAGCCUAACUUAGAAGGACUCACUGUAGACGAGGCAAUUCAAAACAAGAGAUUGUUCAUACUUGAUCAUCACGACUCAAUCAUGCCAUAUUUAAGGCGAAUAAAUGCAACAUCCAACAAGGCUUAUGCCACCAGAACCAUCCUUUUCCUGAAAAACGACCGAACUUUAAGGCCACUUGCCAUAGAACUGAGUUUGCCACAUCCCGGGGAUGAUAAAUCAGGUGUUGUUAGUCAAGUUGUUCUGCCUGCAGAUGAAGGUGUUGAAAGUUCUAUCUGGCUUCUAGCAAAGGCCUAUGUGAUAGUGAAUGACUCUAGCUAUCAUCAACUAGUCAGCCACUGGUUAAACACACAUGCAGUUAUGGAGCCAUUCGUCAUAGCAACAAACAGGCAUCUCAGUGUUGUUCAUCCUAUUUAUAAACUCCUGCACCCUCACUAUCGUGACACCAUGAACAUAAAUGCCCUUGCUCGGGGAUCUCUUGUCAACGACGGUGGAAUUAUAGAGAAAACCUUUUUAUGGGGAAGGUAUUCUAUGGAAAUGUCUGCUACGAUCUACAAGGAUUGGGUUUUUACAGAUCAAGCUUUGCCAGCUGAUCUUAUAAAAAGAGGAAUAGCAACUGAGGAUCCAGAGUGCCCUCAUGGUCUUCGUCUCUUCAUAGAAGACUACCCUUAUGCUGUUGAUGGACUUGAGAUAUGGGAUGCUAUCAAGACAUGGGUUCAUGAAUAUGUUUCCUUGUACUACAAAUCAGAUGACACACUGAAAGAAGAUCCUGAGCUCCAAGCUUGGUGGAAAGAACUGGUAGAGGUGGGUCAUGGUGACAAGAAAAAUGAGUCAUGGUGGCCUAAGAUGCAGACUCGUGAAGAGCUAGUGGAAGCUUGCAGUAUUGUGAUAUGGACAGCUUCAGCACUGCAUGCAGCUGUUAAUUUUGGACAAUACCCUUAUGGAGGUUUGAUCUUAAACCGUCCAACUAUCAGUAGGCGAUUCAUGCCCGAGAAGGGUUCUGCUGAGUAUGAGGAGCUGAAGAAGAGCCCUCAGAAGGCUCUCUUGAGGACCAUUACACCAAAGUUUCAGACCCUUAUUGACCUUUCAGUGAUAGAAAUAUUGUCAAGGCAUGCUUCUGAUGAGAUCUAUCUGGGUGAAAGGGACAAUCCAAAUUGGACAUCUGAUACAAGGGCCUUGGAGGCUUUCAAAAGGUUUGGGAAGAAGCUCUCAGAAAUUGAGAAGAAACUCUCAGAGAGAAACAAUGACGAGAAACUGAGAAACCGCCAUGGACCAGUUCAGAUGCCUUAUACUCUGCUCUUCCCUUCUAGUGAUGAAGGCUUAACUUUCAGAGGAAUUCCAAACAGUAUCUCCAUCUGAAGACAAGGAAUCUGAAUCCUUCUUCCAAACCUACUGUGUUGUUUAAUAAAGUCUUUCGUGUUCGACCUUAAUAAAAGCAAAUGUACUUUUAAAGUUUUUUCAAACAAUAAAGCCAGAGUUACUACUUCUUGCAAUAUGGCUGGCUACUCUUGUAAUCUGGAACAAAACUAAAAGAUGGGUUUCACAAAAUCCAUGAUGUUUGGACUUA